GAUACAGAUUGAAAAAGUAGAAAAUAUUACAUAUGCUCUGUGCAGCACGAAAUACAUAAUUUAUCGUAUGCAUGUAAACAUGUGACGGAAUUUGAUCUUGCUGAUAAAAUCUUCACUGUGUAGGUAUAAAAAAUAAUCUUUUAUUGGGUAAUCUUGGAACAUGUCUUUCUUAAACCUUUAUUCGCUUUAAUAUUUAUCUGAGAUUUCUUUAUGGACUUUGGAGUAAGUGCAUUCUAUGAGGCCAAUUAUAGAAAAUAUUGCCUCAGUCUUUUAGAAACAUUUAAACAACUAAGACGUGCGUGAAAGUACAUAUAUAAGAAUUGAUUUCUUGCGGUUUUAUUUACGUUAAGAAGUACGUGCCGUUAUUGCAGAAAAUUACAUAACUUAUUAUUUUCUAAAUUAGAAAAUGAUGUUACAUUUCUUUAUAUAAACGAAUUAUUUUAUUAUUUACACAAUAUUAAUAAUAAUUCGUAACAACCAAAUACAGCUAUUUUAAGAGAGAAACAUGCAAGAAGUGAAAGUGUUAGAUGGUGGAUUUUCUACACAAUUAGCAACCUAUGUUGGUGAUAUAAUAGAUGGUGAUCCUUUAUGGACAGCACGAUUUCUUGUUACAAAUCCUAAAGCUAUUAUCUCUACACAUUUGGAUUUUUUAAGAGCUGGAGCUAAUAUAAUUCUUACAAACACUUAUCAGGCAUCUAUAGAUGGUUUUUUAAAACAUAUGAAUAUGACAGAGGAGGAAAGUCUUAAUUUAUUUUGUAAAGCUGUAAAUUAUGCUAAAAUAGCUGUAAAUUUAUACAAGAAAGAAAUAGAAAAUAAAGGAGAUAUUUUAAAUGAAAAUCCAUUAAUUGCUGGAUCUAUUGGACCAUAUGGCGCCUGUUUACAUGAUGCUUCAGAAUACACUGGUAAAUACUGCUCAACCGUAUUGAAAAAAUUUCUUAUGGAUUGGCAUAGGCCUCGUAUCAGUAAAUUGAUCGACUGUGGCGUAGAUAUAUUAGCGAUGGAAACAAUACCAUGCAAACAAGAAGCAGAAGCGUUAGUUAGUUUAUUAAAAGAAUUCCCAAAUGCUAAGGCUUGGUUGUCUUUUUCUUGUCGUGACGAUGGAAAGAAUAUAGCUGAUGGUUCUAACUUUCAAAGAAUUGCAAUACAGAGUUAUAAAAUGGCUUUACCAGGACAAAUAUUAGCAGUUGGCGUUAAUUGUAUCGCACCACGAUGUGUGAGUUCUUUAUUGAAAGGAAUUAAUGGACAUUCUAAACAAGAAUUUAUACCUUUAAUUGUAUACCCGAAUAGUGGUGAGAAAUAUACAGUAGAAACUGGUUGGAUGAAAAAGGAUGAAAGGGAUUCUUUACAUCAAUUUAUACACGAAUGGCUUAAUAUGGGUGUACGAUAUAUAGGCGGAUGUUGUAGAACACAUGCUGCAGAUAUAAAGAAAAUACGAGCAGAAGUGGAUAAUUGUCAGAAUAAAUGAAAAGUGCCUACAAUUUAUUGUACAUAUGUAAUAUAUAAAUAAUUUUAUGCAUUAUAUGUACUACAAUAUAAUAAGAAGGUAUUCUCAAUAAUCUAAAUGUAAAAUAUUUCUGUUAUAUAUUCCGUAAUGAAAGCAGUUUUUCUUAAGCAUAA